AAUAUAAUCUUAAUGAUAAUAUAAUGAAAUGUUUACAUCAUUCCUUGUCUUAAAAUAUUGACAUAUGGAUAUAUUAACAAAGAUUUUCUAGACACUCACAAAUUUAUAAAAUAAAUUUGUAAAGUUGUCGGCUUGGAAGCGACAAAAGCGCUGCGUAACGCGAUUAUCUCGAACUAUCAUGUAAGAUAAUAUAUAUACAGUUAUUGUUGAAUCAAGUAUAUUUAAUAGUUAUCGACGGGGCGAGCUGGAAAUUAGAACGAUCGAGGACGACAAAAAUCUUUAGUAGGAUUUUGUGAUUGAAUAGAUGGUCAGGUCAUGGCGUAUGUUAAUGUUGCUGAAUGGAAAACCGAUCAAGUGUGUGAAUGGUUAAAAGGCUUAGAUAAUUCUGUACUCCCUUAUGUACACAGUUUUACAAAUCAUGGUGUCAGUGGGCAACAGUUAUUAAGUCUAAGACCAGAAGAUUUAGAACACCUCGGAGUGCUCAAACUUGGCCAUCAGGAAAUUAUUCUUGAAGCUGUGGAAUAUUUAAGAAAUUUUCAUUAUGAGCUUGAUCGUGAAAAUCUACAGCUUUUGGCAUUGAGAUUAUCUUGUCAAGCACAUAGUUUACAAAAUGAAUUGUCUCGUCAAACAGAUUCUAAGCCUGUUACUACCCAAACAUUAUCCGAUGUAGCAUCAGUUAUAACAGCUGUAAAGCCUUUAGUGAGAUGGCUUGAUCGUCCGCCGUUUUCUGGACAGCUAGAGUAUAAUGAUAAAAAAGUUGAAUUGAUGAAACUGGCUUUAGAAAUGGCAACAUGUGCUCAAAGAGAUAGAUUCGCAGAAAAACCAAUAGAAGAAAUUAGAACAAUUUGUGGACAAUUGGCAAAACUAGCAGAUUAUAUAAUACAAGAUAUUACCGAUCCUAUGAUAUUACAACCAACUAGUUUAGAUUUGGCUACACUAAAAAAAAAGCCAGGAGAUGAUUUGGGAUUUUAUAUUUUGCCAUCCUUCCAUGGAGCUCAUCAAAUUGCAGAAAUUAAAUUUGGAUCAGCUGCUCAUCAGUGUGGUAAAAUGGAAGAAGGAGAUGAAAUAGUUCAAGUAAAUUAUCAGACUGUGGUUGGUUGGGAACGAAAAAAUCUUUUAGAACUAUUUCGUGAAAGUCCUGCUGAAGUAUUACUAACUUUAAAACGUAGACCAAGGCAUACAAAAGUAUAUGGUCAAAUUUAUAUAAAGCCAUAUCGACUUCCAAGCAAUAAAAAAACUUCAUAUACAACAAGAUGGCAACAUAAUCUUCCAUCACCAAGGCCAGAAUUAUUGACUAUACCAGAUUUUACGAUGCCAUUACCAAGGCAUAUGCCAAAGAAUCCCAGUCCAGAACCUGCAAGUAUUUUAGAUACAGUGAAUAUAUUAGAUACAAUGAUCAUAGAUAGUAGCGACUCUGAUAGCGAGGCAGAACCACCUCUGUCAAUUCGAUUAUACUCAACAAAACCAAGAAAUUCAGUUCAAAGACGAGCUACUAUAACUGGUGCUAGUCCCACUACUAAGCACGGAAUUGAUAUUGAACAAUUUUGGAAAGUACUGAAACAGGAACAUAGUACAAGUUCUCAGUUACGGGAUAAAGCAGCAUCUUGUGCUCAUGGACUAGAUAAUGUCCCUUCAAAUUUACGACCACAGUCAUAUUUAAGCAUAGAGCAGAGUAAAAGGAGGAAAAGGUCUGAUGUACAAAUCGAUGAUAAAAAACUACAGUUCCAAGAAAAGUCUAUUAAAUCCGAUGUUCCUCAGACAGAUAAUACGAUUAAUGUUAUACACGAAGGAAAACAUGAAUGCAAAAGUGUUCAAAAUUAUGAAGAAACAUUAACUACUAAUAAUAUUAAUAUUUCCAGCCAAACUUCUCCAAAAUCUGCUAACGUUACCAAUAAUAAUCAUUUUGGUGAUACAAGUGUGCCUUUAGACGAGUGCAACAAUUUUAUUAGAGAUAGGCAUAGUAAUCAUAAGAACAUCCUAAAUGGUAAAGAGUUUAAUUCAUGUGCUGUUAAAGAACGAGGUAGAUUGGAUAAGAGUUAUAGUACACCAGCAUAUGAUUUAAUGGAUACCAAUAGUGCUGAAGACAGAAAACAAAAAUUAUUUUAUACAUUAGAGUCACCUGCAAAUAAUAUAAGCAAUUCAUCUAUGAGUAAGACUGAUAUUGAAUUGAAAUCUACAAGUUUAGAUAAUCAACAAAAGUUAAAAGAUAUUGGUGAACAACGACAAAGUUCUCAUGUGAUCAUUGAUAAUAAUGUUAAGAAUGAAGAACAAAAUACUAAAGAACAAUUUGUUGAAACAUCUCAAGCUUUCAACUUGCCGAAAAUAUUUGUACAUAAAGUAAUUGAAGAAAGUCACGGAAACAGUAUAGAAAAUAACCAAAGCAAUAAUGAAUGUAUUAUUUCUAAUGUAAAUAAAUAUGUCAAAAGAAAUGCAACGAUUAAUUCAAACACUGGAGUAGAAAAUACGUUGCAGGCAUCUAAUAAUACAAAUUUUCGAAGUAAUUCAACUUCGAAGCACGAAAAAAGUGAAGAUAAAUUAGAAUUAACAAAUAAUUAUGCACAAAAUAAUAUUGAGAACAAUUCGAACUUAAGUAGUUUUGGUAAAAUUCUUCAAACAUUUAAUUGUGCUCCAAUAGAACAUUCAAAGUUAAUAGAAAAAAAAUCUUCUAGUGUACCCAUAAAAGAAAAAGUACUUCAUGAAAAUGUGAAAACAAAUUGUGAAUACAGUUCUGUCGAAGAUAAUAUACACAACAUUACUCAGAACAUUCCCCAGAUACAAAUCAGUCAAAAAGUGCAAAAUGAUAACAAAAAAUUUAAAGAUUCAGUUAAUCAAGGAAAUACAGUACAACCAUGCAAAUAUUUGGAGCAAACAAAAAUCGAAUCUACUAGGAAACUAGAAUCUAAAUCUCAUUUAAUACCUCCAGAUCCCCCACCACGUAAAUAUUAUACAAAGUUAACUACUUCGCAUUUUGAAAAUAUUUCAAAACCUAUGGAAGAUCAAGAAAGACUUUAUAUAUCUCACAGACCUAAUGUUAGAAGAGAUUUGAAAAAACAAGAAUAUUAUACAGAAAAUAAUAUUAAAAUCAACGUAGAUCUUCAAGAAAAGCAAGAUUAUUUAGAUGCUAGUAAUAGCUUUACUGAAAGAUCAAUUGAAUGUACUGAUGAAAUAAAUAAUUUAAGCACUGAACGUAGACCUAGCAUAAAUAUGGAUUCUUCAUUCAUAGAAUGCAAUGAUAAGCAAAUAAAGGAAGAUAAGUCAAUCUGUGAUAAGUACGAACCUUAUACCAGUUCAAUGAUCGAAGGUCACAAUUCUGAAUCUUAUUCUCAAAAUAUGGAUUCAUUAGAUGGUCCAUGUUCUUCAAAGCAAUUACAGUUCUUCGAACAUAAAUCUAAAAGUACUGAAAAAGAAAAACAUUUUGAAAAAGGUGUGGUUAAUAAAGCCAUGAUGGUAGCAAGAAGUAUUGGAUUACAUGGAAGUUUAAGUAAAUCUUCUAGUAAUAGCCCCAGAAGUAGUAGGAAACGGAGUAUAUUAUUUGCAAGAAGAAGAAAUAUUUCCGUUAAAGAUAUAGGUGCAGGUGACCUGGAAGGCUGGUUAACAUACCGUACAAGAGGUGCUGGUGGUGCUUGGGCUAAAGCUUGGUUUAUUUUAAAAUGUUCCUCCUUAUAUAGAUUUAAAACUCAGACCAGCAUGAAAGCAGAUUGUCUGAUAGCUCUUACAGGAUUUACCGUGUCACGAGCAUUCGAAGUAAAAUCUAGAAAAUAUGCGUUCAAAGUUUAUCAUACUGGAACGGUAUUUUAUUUUGCUGCAGACACUGAAGACUCUCUUACUUUAUGGUUAGAAGCAAUUAACAAAGCAACUUUAGGUGCUGAUAGUCAUAGUAGAAACAGUGCCCUUUUUAGUGAAACAGACGAGAGCGAUGGUGAACAAAAACUCAAAGUUAAAAACAUUCAAGCACCAGAAUAUAAACCAAAUUUAGAAAAACCAUUUGGAUCAUUGAAAAAGGUUGUUCGCAAGGACUCUUCCGGAUAUAAGGAUCAUGAAAUGAGUGGUGCUAGCUUAGACAGAAAAUAUUUAAAAUUUCUUGGUACACGAAAUCAUAACGUACCUGUUCCAACAGCACAAUUUAGAAGUUAUAGAAGAGUACUUCCUACAUCUACUCCCAACAAGAAACAAGAGUCUAUUCUAAAUUCAUCGGACUUACAAAUGACAAUUGCAGGAAGCACAUUUUACGGAUUGUGUGCAUCCCAAAGUGCUACUGAUAUGUCGAGUAAUAUUCAAGAUAUGGGUGAUUACAGGCGUACAACAGACAGGUGUGUUACUAGCAGAAACAGAAGACCGGAAGAGUUGCAAGGUUUUAUCACAUUAGAAGAAUUUAUGUUAUCACAGCAAGAUGAUCGAAGGCCAGUAACUAGAAAUAGAUCUGUAUCGCCACAUAUAACACCUUUAACAAGUGAUCAUGUUCAUGUCCAGCAUAGAAAUUUACACGACAGUGGAACAGUUACUGAUCAGUCUAAAACUGUUACUGAUACAGCAGUUAAUAAUGAUGUUGUACAUGCUCGAAGUAAAGCAAAUAGUGAUGUUAACAAUACUAUAACAUAUGGAUAUACAAGAAACAUGGAUACUUUACAUACAAGACAAUUCAGUGGAGAUUUUGAGUUGGAAAGAUAUGAAAAUAGAGGAGAAUCAUCGAAAUAUCCAGUUCAGAAAAAAUCAAGUGAAUCCAGUUACAUGCAGAAAAGAAAUGCCGUGGAUGGAUUAAACUCUCAACAAGGAAAGUUUUGUGAUUCGACUCAUUUGAGAACUGCUGCUACAAAUGAUUUCAAACCAUCAACUUCUUUUUAUCAUAGCAAAUCAGAUAUUGUUGAACCGUUUGAUAGACAAGGAAGUGUAGCUUGUGAAUACAAUUCCAAUAACUGUGUAUGCUCACAAUCUUCAAAUCAUAAUGAAACUUCUAGAUCAUACGAUUAUUAUUCAACAAGAAAUGCUAACAACUUCAUGGAUGAUACGAAGUCAGUACCAAAACGACUUAUUCGAAAUGAUGGUUGUUCUGGAUCUAGUAGCGAUCUUACGUAUCAUGCUGCUUAUGAAACAUUACAUCGUGCAAAGAAAGAAGCAACUGUAUGUCGCAAAGGAAGUUUCAACCUGACAAGUCGUCGCGAACAUUCUUCAUCAGAUAAACAUUGGUUGGAUUCUUUAAGACGUGGCGAUAAGAAGGAUAACGAUUCUGAUAAAACGCGUUUAAAAAAUGUAGCGCAGUAUCAACCGCCACCUAUCCCAACGUCCCCAUUUGAACAAGAAGGGAUGACCGCUGCAUUUGAAAUGCAUUUGGAUAAACGUGAACAGGUCCAAAAGCCAAGUCGUCUGAGAAAUUUAUUUGGUAACAAAUGUCAACAAAAACCUUGUACACUUGAUCUUCCUAAGGAAACACAAAAGACAUUGUUAGGUUCGCCAAGGUUACAUAGAGCACUGUUUCGAGAAAAAGGUUACAAUCAAUCACGAUUACCUAGCCGAUCAAAUAGCCAAAGUCCUGGUGAUAGUGGUAUUGGCCAGUCUGUUAGUUCCUUCAGCGGAAAUAGCACACAAACACUCAGUCAAAGUUUUACUUCCGUUAGUUCUGUUAGCGAUUGGAGUCCAGACACGCCAUCACCAUGUUCUCCAAACUUAACAUCAAAAAAUGGUACAAAUUAUUCUGCAUGCCAGAAAGGAUUUACCAACAUAAGUAGACAUUCAUUAAAUCCACCAACAUUACCUUAUAUACCGCCACCUACAUCUCCACCGCCUGAUUAUCCUGGUUUAGAAUAUCCACCAGUGUUUGAACCUGGUACCUAUUCUCUCUUGGACGCUUCGUUGCUACGUAAUCGUACUAAAAGAAAUCGAGACACUCAUUAACUGAUAGAUAUCGUGUUAUAAUUCAUUAAUCUAUAUAAUAAUAGCCAAAGAUAAUAUUUUUUCGCUAUUCAUACAUAAUCAGGCGUUUCUUAUAAGGAAUUUAAGAAUUUACUAGUAUUUUUCUAUAAAGUAUUCAAAUUUAACCGUCCAUUUUAUAAACGCACGAAUGUUAUAAAAAUCAUUUUGUAGAAAUUGGUAUUAUAAAUUAUCCACUCAAAAUAAGACAGAAAAAGUGUAAUAUAUGUAUAUUAGCUGAGUGGACGACUGAAAUCAAUAUCAUAUAUAUAUAAUUAUCUUUGUAGGUAUACUAAAUCUUAUUGUAACUAAUUUUAAUUAAUUCCAUUUUGUUUUUCUCAUUAUUUGUAAUUGUUAUUAUAAGCGAGUAAAUCUAGACAUAUUUCUAUGUAUUUUAUAAAAUAUUUCAGAGGAAUAUUAUGGGAACAUUUAUUGUAAAUGAAUUAUGUAAUCCCACAUUAAUUAUUGAGAAUGUAUAUUUACGUAUAGAACGUUAUAAGGCCAGUCUUAUUUUACAUAUAGAGUUAAUAAAACCCCCUGAUAAUGUACUAGUUGACGAUUAAUAUUAUGUAUAGUAAAUAUUGUCACGACAAUAUGAAA